UAUUUAUACCGAGGGAGUGGUGCCGUCUGGAUCAGUUACUGUGCAGGCCUGGCCGCACUACGGGCAGACAUGGUUGGGCACGCCUCCUGCCUCCUGACUGUUUUAGCAGCAGCGACUUUGACUUGGGCCGCCCCGGGGGCCUUCUUCCUCGAUGAGAACGUUAUUGAGAGAGAGACCUUGCCAACUGUUGACGUCACAAUCCCGGCAGUCACAAACGACCCUUCGCAGGUCAAGGAAGACAUACCAUCGCCGGCACCGGACGAGAGCCCUAUAAUCCUCGGAGCAACGGCUCCUUUAGCAAACACAUCUUCACCAGCCCGUGACUCAACAGAAAGUGACUCUCCCACAGUAUCUGAAGAGUCAGCACCAGCCACCAACACUUCAACACCCCCUGGGAGCAUCUUAGACAUCGACCAAGCGCCCCUUUCUACCAUCCAUGUUAAUGGUGAAUCACCCACCAUCCCUGGUGAUACCUUGACUCCUGUCACAGGGAUACCCUUGCCACUUGAGACUCUUCCUGAAGUACUCUUGGAGGCUGUGCCAGGGCCCGUCCUUGGAGCACCACUGGAGGAUGGUCUUCAACACUCACCUGAGGCACAACUGGUCCAGUCACCAGUGAGUGGAAUCCAGUCUCUCGGUGACUCACAGUUAGCUUCAGAUGUUGCCUCGGAAACUGACUCUGCCUCCAGCAGCUUUCUGGCAGAUGAUGCAGAAUUAGCUGACAGGACUCCAUUGGGGGCUGUUGUAGCAGUUGCUGAAGAGUCUCGUCCAUUGCCUGCAACCGAAGUUAUGCAGGAGGUUGGCCCAUCACAUCUACCUGGUGUCCCAUUAGAGCUUGACCCAUCACCUUUGCCUGGUGUCCCAUUAGAGCUUGACCCAACACCGGAGUCUGUGGUGCUGUUGGAGGCUGACCCAACACCUGAAACUGUGGUGCCAUUGAAGGUUGACCCAACACCUGAAACUGUGGUGCCAUUGAAGGUUGACCCAACACCUGAAACUGUGGUACCAUUGGAGGUUGACCCAACACCUGAAACUGUGGUGCCAUUGGAGGUUGACCCAACACCUGAAACUGUGGUACUAUUGGAGGCUGACCCAACACCUGAGUCUGUGGUAACAUUGGAGGCUGACCCAACACCUGAAUCUGUGGUACCAUUGAAGGUUGACCCAACACCUGGAACUGUGGUACCAUUGGAGGUUGACCCAACACCUGAAACUGUGGUGCCAUUGAAGGUUGACCCAACACCUGAAACUGUGGUACCAUUGGAGGUUGACCCAACACCUGAAACUGUGGUACCAUUGAAGGUUGACCCAACACCUGAAACUGUGGUACCAUUGGAGGCUGACCCAACACCUGAAUCUGUGGUACCAUUGGAGGCUGACCCAACACCUGAAUCUGUGGUACCAUUGGAGGCUGACCCAACACCUGAAACUGUAGUGGUGUUAGAGGUUGACCCAACACCUGAAUCUGUGGUACCAUUGGAGGUUGACCCAACACCUGAAUCUGUGGUACCAUUGGAGGUUGACCCAACACCUGAAUCUGUGGUACCAUUGGAGGUUGACCCAACACCUGAAACUGUGGUACCAUUGGAGGCUGACCCAACACCUGAAACUGUAGUGGUGUUGGAGGUUGACCAAACACCUGAAUCUGUGGUACCAUUGGAGGCUGACCCAACACCUGAAACUGUAGUGGUGUUAGAGGUUGAUCCAACACCUGAAUCUGUGGUACCAUUGGAGGUUGACCCAACACCUGAAACUGUGGUACCAUUGGAGGCUGACCCAACACCUGAAACUUUGGUGGUGUUGGAGGCUGACCCAACACCUGAAACUGCGGUAGUGUUGGAGGUUGACCCAACACCUGAGUCUGAUGUGCUGUUGGAGGCUGACCCAACACCUGAAACUGUGGUAGUGUUGGAGGCUGACCCAACACCUGAAACUGUGGUAGUAAUGGAGGCUGACCCAACACCUGAAACUGUGGUAGUGUUGGAAGCUGACCCAACACCUGAAACUGUGGUGGUUUUGGAAGUUGAUCCAACAUCUGAAACUGUGGUACCAUUGGAGGCUGACCCAACACCUGAAACUGUGGUGCCACUGGAGGUUGACCCAACACCUGAAACUGUGGUGGUUUUGGAGGUUGACCCAACACCUGAAACUGUGGUGGUUUUGGAGGUUGACCCAACAUCUGAAUCUGUGGUACCAAUGGAGGUUGACCCAACACCAGAAUCCUUAUUUUUCUUAGUAGCCGACCCAACACCUGCUCUAGGAGCUUCUUCAGAGGCUGACCCAGCACUUACAUCUGAGGCUGACCCAGCUGCUAUACUUGGGGCACCUUUGGAAAUCGUUGCAGGACCUUCACUUGGAGAUCAGUUUCAAUUGAGCUCACCGUCUGCAAUCGAAAUUUCUACAGUACUUGAAUCAGAAGGUCCACAGAAUGCUGAACCGGAAUCUCGUUCUGCAGUCCAACUGGAAGAGGUUCCAUCACCUACAACAUUAAUUGUACAGGAAGUUGAGACAAUUCCAGUACCUGGCAUCGUGUUGGAACCUGUGGUUGCGGACACAAUGGACACUGACACAACACACACAUCCGGAGUAACUUUGCAGGGUGACUCAGCACUUGCCUCUACCAUCCCAGUGGAGAUUGAACUAGUAGCUGAAGCUCCAUUACCUCCUGUUCCGACAAUUUCAUCGGGGUUACACACCAAGUUAGAUCCUGCACCUGGGGUCCUGUUGGAGAUUGACCCAACACCUGCACCUGAAGUCCUCCUGGAGGUCGGAUCAGCAGUUUUAUUAGAGAAAACAACAGAAGUAGACCCAUCGGUCACUUCAGACGACACGGUGGAAACCGUCCCUGAAGAACGGUUGGAGUCCACUUCUGUAUCCCCUCAACAGGCGAGUGAGAGUACAGCCACUCUACCAGCCCCUUCAUCGACCACAGAAAGCAUAGCCCCUCUGCCAGCCCCUUCGUCAAACACAGAAAUAACGACCACAAACAGUACGACGCCUGAAGGCACAGUCCCUGUCAAUACGGGCGCGGGGAGCGCGAUCACUCACUCCCUGCCCAAUCUUUCAGCGCCAACGCCGAUCGCCAAGAGCUUGGAUUUCCUGCCAGUCAGUCAACCUAAGAAGUUAUAUCCGGAUAUGAAACCCCCAUCCUCAGGCUUCCUCCAUGGCGGCCGCUUUGGCUACGACGACGAUUACGAGGACCAGUUCAUGCCCUAGUUGUUGUCGCCCUCUGCUGGACGUGUGAAGGAACAUAUUAACUCAUUAUAUAUAUAUUGCGUUAUAUAAUUCCUUCCUUCUCUACAUGUCUGCCGGAAGGAAGUAGUUCUCAAUGGUAGUUUAGAUUUCUAAAUAAUUUUACUACUUUGCUCUAAAAUUCUCAUUCUGAUUGUACUAUGAAGCGUUCCAUACCAUAUAUUUAUUAACGUUUUAACAAGUUUUGUAAAAUUAAAUAAAGUUUGACAUAUUAUUUAGUGGCACUUGAAGAGGGUUAUCAAGUGAUAUGGCAGUUUUAUGCCAUAUAUGGUAAUAAUAUUAAUUAUAAUAUUAAUACUUAUAAAAUAUUUGACUGUUGAUAUGACUUGUUAUAUAGGAAUAUGCUUGUAUAUAUUUUAUAUUUAUUAAAAAAUAAAAUCUUGAACAAAUCCCA